AUGAGCGAAACAGCACAAGAGUUUGAUGAAGAGACCCGAAAGUGUAUUGAGCUUUCAAGGAAAAGGUUAGAACCUCUGGUUUCAAAGAUUCCGUUGCAGGAUAAGCACUUGGCAAGACCACCUGUUGCCUUUUUGAAAGCGCUUGUUCUGUGUUUGGUCCGAGAACGAGGUUAUCCCGAAGGGUUGUUUGAUGAAGAGUUUUUGAAAACCAAGAAAGAUUUAACGAAUGAAGAAAAAACCAAUUUCCUAAAGCAAUUGAUCAAUGUGGUCAUCCAUACGAUAAAGAAAAACAUUCCUGUAAAUAUACAACUCAUCAUUAAGGGCAAAGAAAGCCCGAAGAAUAUUACUGUAUUUUUCCAAGCCCUUGCAGAGGCUGCUGGAAAUAAGGACAAGUAUCAAUACAGAGAAGCGAUCGAAAAAAUCAAAUCAGGAAAAUACAAGGAUUAUACAGAAAGAGAGGCGGAAAAGAAAAAAGCGGAGGAUGGCCAGCAGCAACAAAAUGCAGCAACCCCCAACACACCAUCGGAUUCUUCUGGGGCUUCCAACAGUACGAGUAAACAGCAGCAACAACAAAAAACAGCAACUACAUCAGCUUCUGCACAAAAACAAUCUCAACAACCUCCGCAACAAGCAAAGCAACCAACGACACCAUCAACACUCCCAACAACAAAUGCAGCAGAAUCAAAACCUCAACAGCAGCAACAGGUUUCAGGCUCAUCUCCAACGACAACAAAUUCUCCAUCUCUAAAUCAAGAUCAAGGUCGCCCAUCAUCGAGAGGUGUCACUUCAUCUCAAACUCCUGCGAGUAAUAAGCCUCUUACACCAUCGAAAGAUGAGCGAUCAACCACACCUAAUUCCAUUGAUCAAAAAGCAAGCGUGAGUCGACCAAGCUCUGGUAGGGAAGUUUCAAAGCCGUCCACUCCAAAUACAAAUACUCAAGACGAUCAACAACAACAGCAACCACUUGCUCAAAACCAAGAGGAUCCAAACUUGGCACAAUAUUCAAGGCCAUUCUCGUCCCGGGGCCAAUCCGCGAGAAGGGCACCUCCAAAAAUUAAAACAAAUGUUCGAACUAUUGACACACAAGAAAUGCCAACUGAAAAGACACUUGUAGAAACAAAAGCUGCUGAAGGCUUAAUCACUGACGAAAAUGAAGACAAGGAAGAUGACCAAAUCAUUAUUGAAAAGAACGUUGCUGUUAAAUCCUCAACUCAAAGUAACACCAAUACAGAACAAAAAGGAACUCUUGUCAACAAGCUAAUGGAAAACGAAAGCGACAUUGAAAAGAAGCGCAAUGCUGGCAAGGUACCAAAUGCAAAACCCUCAAAUGACGAGCCAGUGAAAGGAAUUGUUCUUCAAACAGGAAAGAAAGAAAAGGAUAAGGAAGUAAUCACCACUGAACUUUCGACGUUAAGGGAACAAAUCCAAACACUAAUUUCAAAAGUUAACCCACUUGGUAAAACAAUGGAUUACAUUCAAGAAGAUUUAGAUAGCAUGCAACGAGAACAUGAUAUGUGGAGAAAGGAUGUGGAACUUCAGCGGCAACGACUGAUCGAAGAGAGGUUGAAAACAGAUCAGGAAGUGUCUUCAGUCCAAGCACAACUCAAAGAAUUGGAACAAAAUAUCGUAGACAAACUGGAGAAAAUUAAUUCGUUGAGGAGUACCAUUUUGCAAAAAGACAAACUUUUGGAAACUUUAUUAAGGAAUGUUGUGGCCUAA